UCCUCCGCUCUGCAGCACGAUGGCUCCAAAGAAAGUGGAACCGAAGAAGACAGAGGUGAAGAAGGUGGAGGUGAAGAAAGAGGAGCCUCCUCCAGCUCCGGCAGCUCCGGCAGCUCCGGAGACCAAACCUCCGGAGGUUGACCUGAAGAGCGUUGUGGUUGAGUUCACUCCAGAUCAGGUCGAAGAGUUCAGAGACGCCUUCACGCUGUUUGACGAGACGCCCACUGGUGAGAUGAAGAUCACCUAUGCUCAGUGCGGCGACGUGUUGCGAGCGCUCGGCCACAACCCGACCAACGAUGACGUGCUGAAGCUGCUGGGGAGGCCGAAGGUGGAGGAGAUGAACGUCAAGCUGCUGGACUUCGACACCUUCCUGCCCAUGUUGCAGCACGUGGCCAGAUCCAAAGAACAGGGCACGUUCGAGGACUUCGUGGAAGGUCUGAGGGUCUUUGACAAGGAGGGAAAUGGAACAGUGAUGGGGGCGGAGCUCCGCCAUGUCCUCGCCACCCUGGGAGAGAAGAUGACAGAGGAUGAGGUGGACCGACUGAUGGUGGGACAGGAAGACGCCAACGGACACAUCAACUACACCGAGUUCGUCAAACACGUCUUGGCUGGAUGAACGUGAAAUAAACGUCAAUGUGUCGACACUUUCA